AUGACGAGUGAAAUGUUGCCAGAAGACGCAAAGCAGUCAUGCACGAUCUCCCAAUGGCUUGUUCUGCAGGAAUUGAUCUCCGAGCCUAGCAACAUCCUGUCAAUAAUCGAGCGAGUCAACUCCCACCCAUCCGGUACUUGGGGGUUGAUAGCAACGCCGGAACUCGCACACAAGCAACAGAAAUCAAUCCUGACACUUCGUUCGCGAGGUAAGAAUGUAUCAAUCUUUGAUGGGCCACUUCCAGUGAGCCUCAGUCAUGCGGUGGCCGAGAUCCAUUUCACAUUUCCCUGUCAAUCCCCUUCGGGCAUCGAAUCAACCUGCAGUGACCUUGGAGUUAUGGUUCGAUUGAAGUCGCCCGAAUCCGUCACGGCCGAAUUUGCAAGUUCAGAUGGAUUAAACAUCUAUUUGGUUAGCACAACUCUACCCUCAGCGACUGGUGUAAACAGCUGUCAAUUCAAUACUGCUCUAUCCAUCCCUGCACGCUGGCCCGGCUGUACUCUCGCGUCCGAAACGACGCCCAGCGGUACUGUUUGGGCAGAACAACGCAUGCUGAACCCUGAUCCGCGUUGUUGGUCUGAUGCACCGGUUGGAGGAGAAGUCACCUUGGAAAAAUAUCAAGAGGAAGCACACAGUCGUCCCGCCACUGACGAGGGAAUGUCCUUGGCAGUAGUUGGCGCUCACCUCUCGGGGUUCCCUCUGAAUAAAGAUCUGAUUGCACGAGGCGCAACCUUGGAGCUUAUCACGACCACCGCACCGUGCUACAGGUUAUAUGCGCUGCAGACAACAGGUCUAGUGCGCAAGCCUGGAUUGCAACGUGUUGCGGAAGGGGGAGAAUCAAUUGACGUGGAAGUAUGGAACAUGCCGGUGAUUCAGAUGGGGGCUUUCCUUGGAACUGUCGCACCUCCUUUGGGGAUCGGUUCUGUUGAGCUGGUGAAUAAACGCUGGGUGAAUGGAUUCAUUUGCGAGGCAAUCGGCCUUGAAAAUGCGGUGGACAUCACCAGGUUCAGGGGAUGGCGAAGCUAUGUCCAGUCAUUUGAUUCAUGA